AUGAGUAACUGGCUUCAUCUCAAAACUUCAAUUGACAUUGUUCGUUGGUUAACACUUCAAGCUUGUGCUUUAAGGGGUCAUGAUGAAACUAGCAAUUCAAGAAAUCAAGGUAACUUUCUUGAGUUGUUAAAACUUUUAGCAUCUUACAAUGAUGAAAUCACAAAAGUUGUGUUGGAAAAUGCUCCACAAAAUUGCAAAUAUACCUCACAUCAAAUUCUAAAAGAGCUCUUGCAAAUUCAUUCUAGUACGGUGAAAAAGCAUAUUCGUGAGGAAAUUGGUGAUUCCAAAUUUUGUAUCGUUGUAGAUGAAGAUCGUGAUGAGUCAAAAAAGGAACAAAUGGCUCUUGUAUUAAUAUUUGUUGAUAAAUUUGGUUUAAUACAAGAGAGAUUUUUUGAUGUGGCACAUGUUAAAGACACCACGUCUUUAACUCUUAAGGAAGCAAUAUGUGAUAUACUCUCUCGACAUAACCUUGAUGUGUUUAACAUUCGCGGACAAGGGUAUGAUGGUGCUAGCAACAUGAGAGGAGAAUGGAAUGUCAAUGUUGUUUGUUCUUCCACUAAGCGCCAUGAUGAGUUACAAGCUUCCCAAUUAGAAGGGAUUGCACAUUUGUUAGAGAUUGGUGAGAUUGUAACUGAUACCCGUUGGGGAUCACAUUACAAUUCUAUUUAUAGUUUGAUAAACAUGUAUGAAGCAACUUGUUCAGUUUUUAAAAAAAUUGCAAAAGAAAGAGGAAAUUACGCUACACGUGGGGAUGCAGAUAGUUCUUACAAUUACUUGAAGCAAUUUGAUUUUAUAUUUAUUUUGCAUUUGAUGAAAGAAAUUAUGGGGACAACAAAUAUGCUUUGUCAAGCCUUACAAAAACAAAAUCAAGAUGUAGUUAAUGCUAUGGACUUGGUUCGUUCAACAAAAAGUUUUAUUCAAGACUUGAGAGAAAAUGGGUGGGAUAUAUUGUUUAGUACAGUGACAUCUUUUUGUGAAAAGCAUGGUAUUGAGACUCCCGGUCUUAAUAAUAUUCAUUCAGCAACAAGAUUUGGACGAUCUCGCCUUGAAGAAAAUCAAGUCACAAUUCAACAUUACUUCAAAGUUGAAAUCUUUGUGAUCUUGUAUUCACAAUUCACUACCAUUAACAAACAAUUACAAGAGUUGAAUAGCAGAUUUAGUGAGGAGGCAAUAGAUUUAUUAAACCUUUCUUGUGUUUUGUCUCCUAAGGAUGACUAUAAAGCUUUUAACAUUGAUAUUAUUUGUUCUCUAGUUGAAAAAUAUUAUCCUAUGGAUUUUAGUGAUCAAGAGAAGAAUAAUUUGCAAUUUCAACUUCGGCAUUUUCUAUUUGUUGCUCGCCAAGCAUCAAAUUUGAAUAAUUUAUCAACUAUUCAAGAACUAUGUUCAUGUUUGGUGGAAACUGGACAAGCUGGAAUUUACUUCUUGAUUGAUAGGCUACUUCGCCUUAUCAUGACUCUUCCAGUUUCUACGGCCACAACUGAAAGGUCUUUUUCAGCAAUUAAAAUUAUCAAGACUAAGUUGUGA